UGCCGGGCGGUGCUUCCGCCGGCGUGCGGGUCGGAAUCCGCAGUGGCCUGCGGGUGAUGGAGCGGCGGGCGGGCUGUCGGCUUAUGCCAUGGAUGCUGUUAUUGCUCCUGUUCCCGGUGCAGGGCCGCCAGAAGGAGUCAGGCUCAAAAUGGAAAGUAUUUAUUGACCAAAUUAACAGGGCUUUGGAGAAUUAUGAGCCAUGUUCAAGUCAAAACUGCAGUUGCUAUCACGGCAUCAUAGACGCGGACCUGGCUCCUUUCCGAGGUGGCAUCACCAGGAAGAUGAUGGCCGAGGUGGUCAGCCGGAAGCUAGGGACCCACUACCAGAUCAUUAGGAACAGAUUAUACAGGGAAGAGGACUGCAUGUUCCCCUCCAGAUGCAGUGGUGUUGAACACUUUAUUUUGGAAGUGAUCAGUCGCCUCCCUGACAUGGAAAUGGUAAUCAACGUACGAGAUUACCCUCAGGUUCCUAAGUGGAUGGAGCCUACCAUCCCUGUCUUCUCCUUCAGUAAGACAUCGGAGUACCAUGAUAUCAUGUAUCCUGCAUGGACAUUUUGGGAAGGGGGCCCCGCUGUGUGGCCUCUUUAUCCUACAGGUCUCGGACGGUGGGACCUCUUCAGAGAAGAUCUGGCAAGGUCAGCAGCCCAGUGGCCAUGGGAAAAGAAAAAUGCUACAGCGUAUUUUCGAGGAUCAAGGACAAGCCCCGAAAGAGAUCCUCUCAUUCUCCUAUCUCGGAAAAACCCAAAACUCGUUGAUGCAGAAUACACCAAAAACCAGGCCUGGAAAUCUAUGAAAGAUACUCUGGGAAAGCCAGCUGCUAAGGAUGUGCACCUUAUAGAUCACUGCAAAUACAAGUACCUGUUUAAUUUUCGCGGUGUAGCUGCAAGUUUCCGGUUCAAACACCUCUUCUUGUGUGGUUCGCUGGUCUUCCAUGUUGGUGAUGAGUGGGUAGAGUUCUUCUACCCACAACUGAAGCCAUGGGUUCACUACAUUCCAGUCAAAACAGACCUCUCCAAUGUCCAGGAGCUGUUGCAGUUUGUAAAAGCAAAUGAUGAUAUUGCUCAGGAAAUUGCAGAAAGGGGAAACCAGUUCAUCAUAAACCAUUUGCAGAUGGAUGACAUCACCUGUUACUGGGAGAACCUCUUGACGGAAUAUUCCAAAUUCCUCUCCUAUAAUGUAACAAGAAGGAAAGAUUAUGACCAGAUCAUCCCCAGACUUUUGAAAACAGAACUGUAGUAUCCAUCAGUGGACCAGAAUCCUGACAGUGGAUCUGAGAUGCUCUGCGGUGAAAUUCCAUGGGUGUGACACCUAUACCUUGAACACCUUUGGCCAAGCCAAACCUCCAGUGUUCCUAAUCAUGUUGAACCCAGAGGGACUCUUGAUAAAGAUCUAAAAUGUGUGUAACGAACAGAAAUGGAACAGCUGAGCUCUCUGACACCAUGAGAUGAGGAUUUGGAACGCCAUUCUAACCUU